CGGGCAGGCUCCCAGCGGGCCCGCGUCCUCGGCCGCCGGUGCUCCCGCCCACGCGGUUGCGCACGCCUCGGCGCGGUAACGGACGCGCCCCCCGCCCCCGGUGCGCCGGCCCGGCCGCGGGAUGGUCCCCAAGCUCGCAGACUCCGUGGAGGGGCUCCGCGCCGCCGGCAACCAGAGCUUCCGCAACGGCCAGUUCGCCGAGGCCGCGGGGCUCUACAGCCGCGCGCUGCGGGCGCUGCAGGCGCAAGGUUGUUCGAACCCUGAAGAAGAAAGUAUUCUCUUCUCUAACCGCGCCGCGUGCCACCUGAAGGAUGGCAACUGCAGGGACUGCAUCAAGGAUUGCACUUCAGCGCUGGCCCUGAUUCCCUUCAGCAUGAAGCCCUUGCUGCGGCGAGCAUCGGCCUAUGAGGCUCUGGAGAAGUACCCCCUGGCCUACGUCGACUAUAAGACUGUGCUGCAGAUUGAUGACAAGGUGGCCUCGGCCCUAGAAGGCAUCAACAGAAUGACCAGAGCUCUCGUGGACUCACUGGGGCCCCAGUGGCGCCUGAAGCUGCCCUCUAUUCCCCUGGUGCCUGUUUCAGCCCAGAAGAGGUGGGAUUUCUCGCCUCCGGAAUACCAGAAAGAGGUAGCUAAAAGCAAAUUCAAAGAAACCACAACUGCAAAGACCACAGUGCCUUCUGCUGGGGAUGUGGAGAGAGCCAGAGCUCUGAAGGAAGAAGGCAAUGAGCUUGUAAAGAAGGGAAACCAUAAGAAAGCUAUUGAGAAGUACAGUGAAAGCCUCUCAUUUAGUGACAUGGAGUCUGCCACAUACAGCAACAGAGCACUCUGCCAUCUGGUCCUGAAGCAGUAUAAGGAGGCAGUGAAGGAUUGCACAGAGGCCCUCAGGCUGGAUGGAAAGAACGUGAAGGCGUUCUACAGACGAGCACAAGCCUACAAGGCACUGAAGGACUAUAAAUCCAGCUUUGAAGACCUCAGCAGUCUCCUGCAACUUGAGCCCAGGAACGUCCCUGCCCAGAGGUUGCGGCAGGAAGUUAACCAGAGUUUAAACUAAAAUCCCAGAAGGGCAGCGGUAUACACCUGUGCCCAAGCUCUGUCCUCUGUGCCUGCUCCUGGCACCCGGCACGCCCCUGAGUGAGCUCUGAAGCAACUCCAAGCUGAUGCCUUCCCAGCCCUUAAGAGGCUUUGCCUGUUCAAAUUAUGCUCAGUGUAGUUUAAAAAAAAAAAAAAAACAGACGUUUUAUUUUGCUGGAAUGUCCCCACUAGAGCUGAAGCCCUAUUCCCCACUCCCCCCCAGACUUUGCUCUGUCCCUGCCCCCAGCAUGCAAGCCCUAGCAUGCUGCUCCUCCUGCUCUUCUAGUUUCACCAGACUCAUCUCCCUAUGCUUCAUCUGAGCAAACUGAGCUCGUGGAGUGGGGGGUGGGUGGGUAAGGGAGAAACUAGAACCCAGAGCAGCCUGUCGAGCUGGUUCUCCAGGGCUACCAUCCCCACCCUGUCCGUGGCAGAGUUCCCUGUGUUCUGAGCUCCAGUGCCUUUUGGCUGGGCCCUCCUUGGGUAGGGACGCAGAAUCCUGACCCUUGGACGGCCUUGGCCGUGGCUCCAUGCUGCUGCCUCCUGCGUGGAGGUGCCUAACCGGUGUUAAGCGUCCAGAGGUGUGGCCGCUCCCGAAGGUGGGAUGGAGAGAGGCCUUGACGUCCGUGUCCUUCCAGUCUGGGCAGGGACUUACUUUUGACCUCAGCAGUGGUUCCCUCCACGCUUCUUGGUUCUUUGUAACGUGAAGUUAAUUUGAACAAAACUGACUUUGUUGAACUGUGUUAUUUAAAGCUAUUGUAUUAAACAUCUUUCUGGUACAUAA